ACUGUGACUCCGAAGUACGGGAGGGCAGGAGUGUGCUGCUGUGGUUGGUGGAGUUUGGUUCGUCAGGCAGCGUAAACUGGCUGACUAAGCUUGCUGACAGGUCCAUCCGCAAACUCGACAGUUGUCUCACCUGUACGUCUUCCAUUUUGCCAGUCCUCCCUUUGUCUACAAGUUCGUCUGUUCACGCUUCAACUGUCUACAAACCUGCCAGCUCGUCAAUUCGACUGUCUGCAAGCUCGUCAGAUUGACUGUGUAUCCGACUGGCCAGUCGCCUACUUCCGGCAUAAGAGAUUUUUGAUUUCACACAAGAAGAAGACUCUUUAGAAUCAAGAUACCGGCACUUGAGAGACGACAUUUGAAGCCGCCUCGCCUGCUACUUUAACUACCUUCACGUCAGGACUGCCAUCUCUGAACCGCUACCAUCCAACCAUCUAAAAACUACCUCAAGUUUCCUCCGCUGUUUCAACUUCUACCACCUCGAGGGCACCACCAUCACUCUCCUCCGGCGUCACCAUGACCACCCCGCUCCUCGCGCGCCGCUCCCAGCCCUACCAGUGCUCCCUCCCGGAGCCCAUCCUCGCUCAGGCCCAACGUGAGCUUUUCGAGGUCCCCGACCGACGUCAAACCGACAUCGAACACCUCCGCCAGUGGCUCUGCAAGCAACCCCAUCUCCGUACCCGCACCGAUGAUUGGUUUCUCAUUAACUUUCUCCGCGGAGCCAAGUUCAGCCUGGAGAGGGCCAAGGAGAAGCUGGAGCUGUACCACUCACUGAAGACACACUGCCCGGAGAUGAUGGGCGGAGGUGACCCGAAGGAUGAUAUGGUGGCCGAGGUGCUCAGAGCUGGAGGGUUCGUGCCGACGCCGAAGCCGCUGCCGAAUGGACAGCGGCUGGUGAUAAUCAGAGUGGCGGCGAGAGAUACGGAGAGGGUGCCACAAGAGGUCAUGUUCCGCGUCUCCAACAUGAUCUCCGCUCUGCUCGCCGAGCAAGACGAAGCCUCCCAAGUGACCGGGAUCGUGGGCCUCCUCGACCUCAAAGACGCCACCCUAGCCCACGCCAUGUCCAUGACACCAACCCUCGUCAAGAAGGCAGUGACAUGCUGGGACUCCUUCCCUGUCCGUCAGAAGGGGAUGCACUACUUCAACACACCCACCGGCAUGGACCCGGUCAUCAACCUCUUCCGCAGCUUCAUGAAGGAGAAGAUGAAGCAGAGACUGUGGUUCCAUGGAUCGGACCAGUCGUCCCUCCACUCGGCUAUCCCACCGGAAUGCCUUCCUGAAGAGUACGGUGGCACGCUCCCUAGCGUAAAUGCGCUAGCGGAGGAGUGGGUGAAGAGGGUUGAAGAGAACAGGGAGUUCUUCUUGGAUUACAUGAAGUAUGGUGUUGAUGAGAAGCUGCGCAGGGGGAAGGCGAAGUCGGCGGCGGAUCUGUUCGACAUCGAGGGGAGCUUUAGGAAACUGGAGAUCGACUGAAGAGGAAGGGAGAAAGGGAAAGAGAAGGAGAAGGAGAAGGAGAAGGAAAGAAGGAAGGGAAAGAGCAUGAGCAAGAAAUAGAAGAGGAGAAGGAGAAAGAGUAGGAAGGAGGAGAAAGGAGAAGGGGGAAUAACAAUUUCUGCACGGAUAAGGGUGAGAAGACGUGUACAGUUAUGUAGGGACCGUAAGAUCGAAAUCGGGAUGGUAGGAAAAAUGAUCGGAGACGUAGGUCAAUGGUAAGGAUUGUGGAUGAUGGAUGGAAAGAGGAUAUAGAUAGGCUGGUUGAUGAGUGAAAUGAGAACCUUCCGGACUGAAAAAGAUAACCUGGGAUAUGUGGUUGGAAGAGGGCAUACAGGUUGAAGCGGAUGAAUGAUGACUCAUGCCAGGGGAUGUAGGAAGGGGAACAUGGGUACGGUAAGAAAACAUCUAGGAAGGGUCGUACGGGGAGGAAGGUUGGAGCUUCGAUAGAGAUGAAAAUGGGACGUUAGAGGGAGAGGAAGAUGGAAGCGGUGAAAGAAAGUCACAUACUGGAGGACUACUGCCUGAGUCGCGGGGAAGGGAAAUGGUGGCAAUGAUGAUAGGAUAUAGACCUACUGAGAGUCUACUGAGGGAAAUGGUGGCGAUGAUGAUAGGAUAUAGGUCUACUGAGACAGACUACCGAAACAGACGCUCAGUGCUAUAGAUGGUUUCAGUGAUACCAGAGAACACCUACAACUUCGUGAAAUGAUGUUUACUGCUCGUUUAUAGACAGGUGUGACCACGAACUGUGGACACGCGCAUAUAUGAUAGCAGGUUAUGGUAGUAUUAGUUUCAGUCAGCCCUGUGCUGUCCUUAGAAUGGGCUAUCGGCUUGUGUGUGGGAAGUGCGCAUACAAUAUCAAUAUUUGCCUGUUAUGCAUGCAUAUUGUGGUGUAAACCUCUCGUCGAGAUGUAGUUGACAGUUGGAUGAUUGGCGUAGGUUGCUUAGCACUGUGCUGAGUUGGAUAAGAGCAAUACGCUAGCAGCAAUGUUCGGACGCAUUAGUCUUUUUGGAUUCAGAAAUACUGUACGUGAAUGUGAUCCUGCGUGCUCUUUGUUAUAGAUAGAAGAAUAUGUGUAGUUAUAAAAAGAUAUCGUUUAUCAUAUGUAAUGUAGAUUGCUGAAAUAGGAGGUUGCCAAUAUAAUAUGAAUGCAUUCUG